GCGCUCCGCCAGCCCACAGACGCGCCGAGACCGACCGGCACCCCUCCGAGCAUGUCCGAGCCCAGCGCCCAGACGGCGGCGGCAGACAAGGAGUCCCGAAACCCGGUGGCCCAGCUGCUUUUGGGGCUGCGUUGGGGCCGCCUGGAGGAGCCCCUGGGAUUCAUUAAGGUGCUGGAGUGGCUGUUUGCCAUUUUUGCAUUUGGAGCCUGUGGUUCUUUCAGUGCAGAAACAGGGGCUACUGUGAAAUGCAAUGCGGAGCCUAAAGAGACGACUGCUAUCAUUGUGCAGUUUGGAUAUCCUUUCAGGUUGUACAAGGUUCCCUUUGAUAUGCCAGACUGUGCUGAAGGGUCUACUGCUAAACGGGCACUGCAUCUCAUGGGAGACUUUUCAGCACCUGCCGAGUUCUUUGUGACCUUGGGCGUUUUUUCUUUCCUGUAUACCAUGGCAGCUCUUGCAGUCUAUCUACGAUUUCACUCCCUCUACAAAGAGGAUAAGAGGCUACCCUUUGCGGACUUCUGCGUGACCGUCUCAUUUACCUUUUUCUGGUUAGUGGCAUUUUCAGCCUGGGGCAAGGGCCUCUCAGAUGUGAAAGGAGCUACACGUCCUUCCAGCCUCAUUGCUGCCAUGUCAGUGUGUCAACUCAAAACAGCGGUGUGCAAUGCUGGGGCCACACCUUCUAUGGGUCUGGCCAACGUCUCUGUGCUGUUUGGCUUUGUCAACUUUAUACUGUGGGCUGGAAACUGCUGGUUUGUUUUUAAAGAGACCCCUUGGCAUGCACAAGCCACCAACAAGGAAAGUUCUGCUGAACAAGGAGCUGUCGAUAAGCAAUAAGGAACCUUCCCCCUCACUCCUGAAGCCUCCUCUUCCCCCACCAAGAACAGACAGUGCCUCGUCUUGCCUACCUGCUCAUCCCAUUUCACAGCAGGGCAGGAAAUGUGCCUUCUUUGCCAUCUCUGCUGCCGUCCAGCAGUCAUACUGGCUUCCCUUUGUGGCUGUUACAGGAUGCCUUCCUCCAGCUGAAAUCAGGGGUCCUUUUGUGGUCCUAGAUACACAGACCAUACAUGGUGACAACAGAACUCUUCUUCAUUUGGAUUUUUCUUAAAAAGUAUAAAUGUAUGUUAUGGUACAUUGUAACUUUGCUCACCAGUCCUACGGUGUGUGUGGCAUUGUUUCUUCACAGCCUCUUUUGACCAGUUUACAAAGGAGAAAAACCAGGUAGAGUUGGAUAAGGGCAUAGAAAGAACUCAGACAUUAGUGCCACAGAACUUGGAGCAUCUAGGCGCCUUUGAGAGUAAGUACACUUUCUGCUCUGCCAUGGAAAUAAAAGCAGAAAUACCAACUUUCCAUCUGGCUUAGCAGCAAAAUAAAGGAGAAAAAUUAAGGGAAUAUUUUUACCUUUGAUACAUUGGAAGGAAGGAAUGGAUUGUGUUGCAUAAUGG